AUGGAUCUCGGGCUCUCUGCGGAAUCGAACCACAUCUCCAGCGCAUCGUCUUUGUUUACGCUGGCAGGCGAGGUUGAAGCAAACGAUGGCAACGCAGGAGAGGGUGGCGGAGGCCGCACCGGUGCCGACGGUGGCGGGGCAGGUGAGGCCGAUGGAGAUGACGGCGGCGCAGGCAAGACUGAUGCAGACAACGACGACGUAGGCAAGAGAAGCGAGGAAGACUAUGAUGGCGGGGAGGGUGGAGGCGGAGUGGGGGAAACCGAUGGAGAGGGGGAAGCCAACGGAGAUGCAAUUUUGAUGGAUUAUUGA